UAUCCUCUCUGACGACUCUGACUAGCUUCAGCUUGGAAGAAAAUGGCGUCAACUAAGUUUCUGGAGGAAGCUCUGAGCAUGGAUGUCGACGAAUCCGCAGUGAACGCGAUAGUGGGCUCCCUCGAGUCGCAGUUUGUAAUGUCCGCGCCGACUGUCGCCGGCCAUCAAGCGAGUUCCGCAUCGGUCAGCCAGCAGAAUCACCAGGUGAACAGCGCUAUUUCCAACGGGGGUACCAUCACCGCGGUGCAGCCACAGGAACAUGGGGUUUCGAACGGCGGCGGUGCGACUACCGUGAACAGUCUAAUGACUCAGGAAGUCACCAAGUCGAUCACCACCAGCACUCUGAAGCCCGUGAACGUGGUUACCCCUAACACAGUGGCGCCACAGGUCAUCACCACGCAGCAGCCGCAGCCGCAGCCACAACCACAGCAGCAACAGCAACACGCACAGCCGCCAGGGAUAUCUUCCGCUAUCUAUAUCAAUCAAGAAAUGACCAACCAAGUGUCCAGCAAUCAGACUACGCAUAUACCGAGCUUGACCAAGACGCACAAACCAGUGAAGUUCAUCUAUCCCACGAUUAGGUUUGGGCAAGUUAUACCCACUACGGGGGUGGCAAAUGCAAAUAAUAAGCUCUCCUUUCCCGCUCAAACUGUCGGGCAGUUAACAAAUGAUACUUUAGACAUAACAUCACAGGCAGUGCUGCAGACUACAGCGAACGUUGUUACCAAUGACGGUUCUGUAAGCCAGGCAGCCAGCCAAACAGUGACCGCAGUGAAUAAGCCGACAGGGGUAGCUUUUAUGAUUAAGAGAUUUAAUGUAGCACCUGGCAUGGUUUCGGUACCAAUGUCUGUUCCUGUCUCUGUGGCUGGCAAUGCAGUCAGCACAGCUUUGCAGGCCAAGGAUGAGGUUACUUCGACGAUAGUACCCAGUAAUGUUCAAAUUCUUAAUGAAAAUACAAUGCGUCCUGCGACACCAGUAGCGGGGCAGCAAGCUAAUGAGCAGGUUACGCCUAGAGCGGUGAUUGGGCAACACCAAUUGGUCAGAGCAAGAACCGGAAGUCCAGGGGCACUUCAUAAUCCUCAAGCUGGUGCUCAACGUGGUGGUUACUUGUUAUCAAAAACAGAAAAUGGUCAGUAUCAGUUACUGAGGGUGGGUCCAGCUCCAUCUGCAAAUAGUAUAACUGGCAAUGCAGUAGUUGCUGCACCAUCUCCAGGCACUACACACCGCCUAACUUCAGUGCCGACUAUAAGUAGGCUGAAGACUCAGUUCACUGGCCCAUCACUCGCCACUAUAAGAAGAUACACUCCAAGAAGAUCUGUUCAGCAUCAAACUACUUAUAAUCCCAAAGAAAAGUGCCGUAAAUUCUUAGCGAACUUAUUAGAGUUAUCUAGUCGAGAGCCUAAAGCAGUGGAACACAAUGUUCGAACUUUGAUACAGGAACUAAUUGAUACUAAAGUCGAACCAGAAGAAUUUUGUGACAGACUCAGAAUAUUAUUAAAUUGUUCACCACAACCAUGUCUCAUUGGACUUCUGAACAUAAGCUUACCUCUCCUGCGGCAAUCCCUCGUUACGAAGGAAUUAGUCAUAGAGGGAAUAAAACCUCCUCCAGCCAAUGUUGUUUUUUCUAUAGCAUCAGCUGUUAUUCCAACUAUCACGCAGUAGUCACAACAACAGUUCCACGGCCUGCUCAAUGUGUCCCACAAAGAUUGGUAAGAUUUUUAUUGAUAUUUUAAACAUUUUAAUAUAUCUACAAGUAUUAAUAAUUGAAACAGUUCUUACUGAUUGUAAGAUGUAUGCACGAAUUUUUUUAGUUAAAUUUUAAUAUCUAUGUAUAUUUAUAUAAAAAUAAAAUUAAAAAUACGUAAGUAUAAAUAAGGCAGAUGGGAAUCAGCGUGGUUGUACGCACUAAUUUAUUUCUAAGAAUUUUAUUUUAUUCAAAAGUCAAACGUUUCGGCUAUUUUUUAGCCAUCUUUAGUGACGUAUUACAAUCUAUUUACAAUAUAAUUUUGCUUUUAGUUUUUCUAACGCGUGUGUUCUUCAACGUCUCUUAGGUGAGGAAGUAGUUUGAGGUACCUUCCAUGCAGUUGAAGGGCUGCAUGUUUGAGCUUUGUGUCCCCAAUUAAAGUCAAUGUAAAAAAUGAGAAUUUUGAUAUAAAGGAUCUUGCUGAAAGUUCACUCACCUCGAACGUAUUAAAACACACUUUUCAAUUCCUGGUAACAAUACAAUUGAUAAAUAACGGCACAUGUGUGCACUGUGUCAAAAUUAAAUAGUUAAAAAAAUAAAAAUGUAAGACUUAGUUAUAAUUUAAAAUGAGAAAAAGAUAAAACUGUCGUAGCGAUUGUACUCGGUCAAGCGAGUCCUCUUAUAUAUCGUUCUUUAUUAACAGUGUCUGUGGGACAAAAAUUGUUUUUGUUUUUUGUAUCUAUUAUAAACAAUGACAAUUACUAUAUAUUUUAUAGAAUGCCAGAUUUAACAGUUAUAUAUUAAAAAUCUACAAAUCUUAGGGAGCGUAUCUUGACAUAUACAGUAUUAUUAAAAAUAUAUUUGUUGUACAUUUAACGAAUCUAUGGUUUUUUAAAUAAAGAGACACGUAUCUCCAGUUUUUAUUCAUUUUUCUUUCACUUGUCAUUUUACUUGUCAUAACUCAUACUUUAUUCACUUCCGCAUUACUAACUUGUGAAGUGUAUAUUUAAUGUCAUUGCAUUGGCAUUCAGCAGGAUAAUGCACGUUUAAAUAUUAAAUCCGUUAUUUUUAUAUUAAAAUUUUUGUGAUAGUAACGAGCAAGUUACAUAACAUUACGGUAUAAUUAUAAAUACUUGUUAUGACACACAAUGAAGU